UAGUUAAGUGAUUGGAUCAAAUUCCCAGAGAAUGCAAUGGACAUGCUCACAAAAUGACAGCCAUAGGCAGAGGGCUUCCCAACCACUCCCUGCCUAUAAAUACCUCACCCAGAGAAGAUCUCCCUCUCAGAGAACCAGGACCGACCUGAACAGCGGCACGAUGGCUUCCUUUGUGCUCUUCAUCUUCAUCAUCUCCCUCCUUCCUGUGGCAAGAACUACAAAAUGUUCUCAGUGUUUCAAUGAUGGAGGACCUUCCUGUUCUGUCUCUGUACAAAGAAACUGUACAAAUGAAGAAAAGUGCUUUGGUGUCAUCUCUACGGCCAACUUGUCGAUAGACCAGUCUUUAACCACAUCCUCGGCCAGAAGCUGUGUAGCUUCUGCAAAUCAAUUGACCGGUUCCUUCCAUUUCGAUUUUGGAGACAAACGUACUUUGUCGUUUGAUUCUGAGAUUUGCAAUGUAACAGACGGAAACUGCCCCUGGGGCCUUCCAGGAGAUAGCAUGCGCAUAUAUGAAAACGGGAAAUCUUGCCCAAAAUGCUACAGAACAGGUUACGAUAACUGUGAGAGCGAUGGAGAUGUAUUUUGUGUGGGUGAUUUUGUGAACUGUACUGAAGUGAAUGGAGAAAUAUCCAAUUUCCGAUCUGGUACAAAAAUCCCUUUUGCUGGAAAAGGUUGUGUCAGCCAAUCGGUUUGCAGCCUUCAAGGGAAGUCGUUCCAGCAUGGGAGUUACAAGUUCACAUUUAAAAAAGUUCAGUGUUCUAAAGCCAACGGGGCUCUUUCAUCGUUGCGACGCCUGGCUUUCACUCUGGAGAAGAAGGACCUCGGGCCACAGGCGGCCUUCUUCUUUCCAUGCAUCCUUGGGAUCUUCGCUGUGAAAAUUCUCUCCUAGUUAAGUCAAAGGUAGCUGGCAAAGGCCUUAAGAAAGGUUAGGUUGGGGUCAAUCUCCCUCCCUUUAAGCACUGAUGAUGUUACCAACUUCGGUACUGAAAUGUCUACAUGAAAACUACCAGGCUCACAGAACACCAAGGAGCCCACAACUAAAACUUACGCUGCAAAAAUCUUAUACCUCUCUGUUGCUGCUCUUAAUGUCCUUCUCAAAGUUGCCAUCUAUAUGUUUUUUUAACGGGAGAAAUUAUGGACUAAAUUGGAAUUAUUAAUUGCCAUCCGUGUAAAUUUUCAUCCCCUUAUUAUGGAAUGAAUGUGGUUUAAAAGCCCCGCCCCUGCAAAUGUUGAGCCCCAUCUCCUGAAAUGAGGUCGAGAAUCCCACCCAAAGGCUAAUUUCAACUUCAGACCCCCCCAAAUUUGCUGAACUCCAGCAUAUUUUCCUUGAAGAGUUUGGGGGCAUUCGGCCACCGAUUUUGCUUGGAGCAGAAUCAAUUUGGUGACUAGAGCAACAGGCGUUCACGAUAUGAUUUCGUAUUUCAAAGCAAUUGAUCCACCGAAAAACAAUUUACCUCAAAAUACAGUGUUCUCACACCUGAAUUUCCAUCAAUCAAUUUAGGUAUAUCUAUAGAUAUACAUAUCCACCUUAUCAGGAUUUGGGUGACAUAUUUAUAUAACGCGAUGCUUUAAUGGUUAUUCUUAAAUGUUGCAAUUGUUGUCGAAAUAGACCAAUAUCCUUUGGUCGGUAUGAGACCACUUUUUGCAGACAUUUCCUUUCUCUGGAAAAACAGCGUCAGCGUUUUUCUACCUUUCCAAAAUUGGAGUUCUCGCUGAUUUGUCGCAAUAUUAAAAUAAAAAGAAU